ACGCUUGGCUUUGCGGAGGGUUCGCCACAUCUCUUGCCCCGACUGCGCCGUGCAGGGUGGGGCAGGGUAGCGGAAGGAGCAGACCCUGAUGGGUCUUCAGGUGACCCGACAGACGCUCUCCCUGUUCCCAUCCCUCCGACUUGUACUCCGCAAGGGGUGUCCGGUGUUUUGCUCAGUUGGAUGUCGGUUGGAUGUUGUUCCCACCCGGGCCUGGUGGUCUGGUGAGGAAUUGGGGGUGCGUGGGCACCUGCAGGCCUGGGCUGCUUUCGGCUUGGCAGAGUGAAGGUCAGAGAAGGCCUGAGCAUAGAGAUGGUUGGAUAUGCGGCUGGGGAAUGAACCACCAAGGUUUCUUGGCUUCAGGGAGCAGGCACGGACUGUAAACAUUUCUGUCAGGAACUAGAGAAAAGUGACUCAAACUCCAGCGAGUGUCAUGUGACACCAAAGCUCUUACCCCUUCACUGAGUCUUUCCCUCCCUUUAACCCCUUCCAUUAACCCUUUCCACUUCUCUCGGGAACCUGCAGUGAGGGUCUUUUGUACUUGGCCCCAGCACUACCCACUUUGGACCGGUGUCUCCAACUUGUCAGCUUCUUUUCCCAAGCGUAUCAGUACUGAGACAACUACAGCACCCCCACCAUUACUACCCCCACCAGAAACUGCGCCCACCCAUCCUUGGGAGGGACACAGUCACCUCUAGAUCUGCGAGCAGGGGAGGUGAUCAUAAGAGCCCAAACAAAACACUAGACCUUUUUUUUCCCAACAUAAGCCACUCAAGGGUCUAUAGACCCCCAUCUGUCUGUCAAUCAGAGCAUGAGGCUGAGGACUCUCAGGGAGAGGGUGCUGCAAUGCUGGCAGGGCCUCUGGGUGUGCUCUGGAACUUGGGGUAGGAUAGCAGGGUCCGUUCCACAGCAGCCAUGCAUUACCGGACAUGCCUCAUCCACGUGGCGAGCUGGCCCUCCCUCACAUUCAGGUCUCUGUAGCCAACAUGAACCUGUACAUGUCAGUUUCAUUUUGAUUUUUUGGUUUUGGUUGUUUUCUUUCACCCCUCCCCCUCUUUCUGAAAUACUCUUCCUCCUGCGGUGUCAGAGAGGAACGUGAAGGGAAACAGGCACAAAACUUCCAUUCUCGGGAUCUCUAUGAAGGAAUCUGCCUCUAAGGCUGUCCUACCUGGAAAGAAUGCCAGGUUCUUGGCCUAGCUCCUAAAGCUGUGGUUAGGUCACCAGUUGUGAAGACAGUUACAUCCCUUGGAUCUGUCUUGGGUAUGAAAGAGGGAACAAGGGGGUAUCUUAAAGCAGCCCAGCAGGGGCUGAAACUGAUGGGCUAACCUGAAAAGUAGCAUGGCCAUUCCCCAACUUCCAAAGCACAAAAGACCUACGAGCACAUCUCCCAUCUGUGGCCUCCUGAGAUACUCCAAAACACUGUUUUGUUUGCUUGUUUUCAAACCAGGUCCCAUCCCAUUUCUGAUUCCUUUUGUUCGGUCUUGGAAACCUGAGCAAUUUCCAUGUCCAAGGUCCCUUGAGCUUGUACAUAUGUAAACAAAAUGGCUACUGUAACCAGAUGCCUGCAGCGUGGACAAAAUGGCAACAGUACCUAGAUGGCUUGUGCCAAAUGGCUUAGGUCAGCAUUUGGUCUAGGCAGUACUUUGUAUCUCCUGCCCAAAACAGGACCCCAUUUUCACAUGACCACAGGAGUUUCCCAAGAAAAUUGUUUACUCUUAUCACAAAUCAUAGUUCAGACUCUUCUCCUUCACUCUUGCCUCCUGCACAGUCUAAAACCAUCCUGGGUCUCCAGCCUAUGUUUGGAUCCUCUAUUUUCAGAAAAAAAAAAAAUACUGGAGGGUGGAGGGGUAAAAAAAACUGGUUCUUCUGUACCCAGAAAGGUGAGGUAAGGGAGGGUGGGAGGUCAAUGGUGCCUUCACUGUUUAAAAAAAAAAUUAAAUGUCUUUGGGCAUAAAUACUGGGGUAUUAAGAUACUAUCUUUAAGAAAAAGAGAGAGGAAGAAAGAUAUGGAAAAAGGAGAAGCUUGACAUUUUUAACCCCACCUAUGUCUUUGUUUGUUUUUUAGCCUCCCAUUUGAAACGUGGUAAUACUAUAAUUCCAUAUCUUGUUUAGUUGAGGGUGGGGGAAUUUAUGUCUUUUUUUUCUGUUAUUUUGGUUUUUCGGUUUCUAUUUACUUUUUCUUUAUUUAAGAAAAAACAAUUUUGUAAUGUACGGAAAUACGAGCUAUCUUUCUGGAUUUGUUUGGGGUUUUGUUUUUCCUUUUCUCUCUCUUCUGUGUUCUAGAACUUUGCUUGUGUGUGUGUGUGUUACUGUGGAAGCCUUUCUUCUCAUGCAGAGAUGGUGUUUGAACUUCAAGUCUACAUUAGCCAUGCCCAUAUCUUUCCUCUCUUGUGAUUGGAAUUUAAAAGGGAACACAACUCCAGAGAAGAAAUAGCAGCCAUGCCAAUAUUCCUUGCUAAGUGAGGAGGGGCAAUUAGCCCUCUUGUUAAUCCCAGGGUGCUGGAAUUAUUUUAUGUUUUAAAUUAACAAAACUGGUGUUUCUGAGUUCACAGAGGACCUUGUAAGAAACUAGGGACCACACAGAGAGGAAGGGACUGACUUUACCUGUGUUAUUUAUUGGGUGUUGUUGGCAGGCCUUUAAUCCUAGGACUUGGUAGAAGCAGUCUAAUCUCUGAGUUGAAGACCAGCCUGGUCUACAGAGAAAGUUCCAGGACAGUCAGGUUACACAGAGAAAUCCUGUCUUGAAAGACAGAGAGAGAGACAGACAGAGACAGAGACAGAGACAGAGACAGAGAGAGAGAGAGAGAGAGAGAGAGAGAGAGAGAUGGAGAGACAGAUGGGGGGAGGGGGCUGAAGACUCUGGAAAUUUAACUCAGGUAAAGUUUUCCAAGCUAGGCAUUCUAGGCUUGAGAGAAACACUGCUCUAGUCUGGGGACACGCCAUUGGUAUCUCUGAAAAGCAUAGCCAGGCCUGGUGGUGUCCACCUAUAAUCCAAAGAAAGAGGAUCCCAAGUUCAAGACCAACCAAGGCCACUCACAGAAACUUAGUCUGAGAAAGAAAAUCAAAAGUGAAAAGAUAGCUUAGAAUGUAGCCCAGCAGCAGAACACGGGCCUACUGUGUGCAAGAGGAGAAGGAAGAGAGUUGUGAAUGGGGCUUAGUUGGCAUUGUUUGUCUGGUACGCACAUGCGUACUAAGACUGGAACCCUUGCACCACAUGAAAUCUGAUCUAGUGGUGCACACUUGGAAUCCCUGCACUUGAGAGGUAGAUGCAGGAGAAUCAGGUAUUCAAGGCCAGCUACAGCUAUGUAGCAAGUUCAAGGCCAGCCACAGCUAUGUAGCAAGUUCAAGGCUAGCCUGUGCUAUGUGAGGCUCUGUUUAAAAAAAAGCAUAUAAAUAAAAUAAAAUAUUAGGGAAACCAUGGGGCUGAUCUGAGAGGUGAGAUCUGUCUUCCAAAUGGAACCUGUGGUUGUUUUUCCUUUUAAAUAUGCAGUCCUCAUCCUGCCCUCUGCAUUCUUGCCACUGACCUCCUUUAACCAGCCUCCCUCUCCUUGUCUGGCCUUUCUGUUUCCUUUCUCUCUCUCUGUGCCCCAUCUCUCUGUGCCUAUUUCCUCUUUCCAUCUCUCUCCUCCAGAUUGGGGCCUCUCUCCCAAGCUGCUUGCCCCUUCUCUACCCACCCUGUGGUCUCUACCCACCCUGUGGUCUCCUGCAUGCAUGCCCUCUGGGGAGUUUGUUAUGUAAAGAAUUAAGGAAAGCUUGGCUAUUGGAGCCUGUGGGUAAAGGUUUUUAAAUAAGUAAAUAAAUAAUGAAUCUAACAGAGGUGGCCGACAAGUGGCCCUUUCCAUCCCAGAGGUGACACCCAGAAGCCACUGGGCAGACUGCUGGUUCAGAGCAGGGGCCAUUUAGAGUCAUAGGUGUUCUGCAUUCCCUAUGUACAGACCUUUUUUUUUUUUUUAAUUGUUGCACCCCCGUCCCUGACCACUGAGAAGGUAGGUACCCUGGCAUAGCUGUACACUUGCUCUCUGGCUCUCAGCUCAGAGAAGUGUGGCCACUCUGCUUAGCUUGACUCUCAGGCGCUCUCUCUCUCUCUCUCUCUCUCUCUCUCUUUCCCUCUCUCUGUCUGUCUGUCUCUGUUUUUCUCCCUCCGUCCCUUCCUCCCUCUACUUUGUUCUAAGUUGAUCUUUUUCUCUUUCUCUCUUUCUUUGUUUUGUUUUUUUUUUCCGGAGCUGGGGACCGAACCCAGGGCCUUGCGCUUCCUAGGCAAGCGCUCUACCACUGAGCUAAAUCCCCAACCCUUCUCUCUUUCUUUAACUAAUCUUUCACUUACCCUUUCUCCAAACUGAGCCACCUGAACUGUCCCCUGGACUGUGGUUUGGCCCCCUUCACUCUCCAUCCCUAACCCCCAUGACCUUGCAAUCCUGUCUUUUUUCCUCAUCUCCAUUGUCUCUGCUUCUUCCUCUCCACCUCUUGUUCCUCUUCCCAGUCCCCGCUUCACGCUCCCUCAUUCUCAUCGUUGGCUGGAUGCACUUGCGUGUGGUCUAACAUCCCAUCUUCAUGUCUCUUCCUGUACUGUGAGCUUGCAUUGGGGCCGAUUUGAUUGCUACUAUCCGGAGUGGUUGCAGAACCCCCAGCCUUCAUCUUUGCCAGCUUCUAGCUAGGAGCCUUGACCACACAUGCUCCAGUCCUCCAGGGCUCACCUAGGCAGUAAGCAAUAGAAGAAUGGGAUGUGAGAACCUUGAGGGUCAAGUUCAAAGUUAAGUCCCAUUGCACCCUUUGGAGUUUACUAUACCAGAUUGAAUGAACUCUAGACUUAGACCAAAUCCUUUUAUGGUGGCACAGUGAAGCUCGGAGGUGCAAGCUUUAGCGUUCUGGAAUACUGAAAGGCAUUAGUAUCACGGAGAUCCAUAGCUCUGUAACUUAGAUGUGAUAAUAGUCCCUUCAGAGGGUUUGGAGCCGGCCUGGGGCAGGCUCUAGACCUUAAGAACCUACUUGGCCAAGAUUACGGGGUGAUUUUCAGAAUGGUAUAAAAUCUUAGUUUAUCUACUCCCAGAACAGGGACUCCUCCAAGUCCCCGGCGUCCUUUCUUCUGCUGAAUUUCUAAAUUUGAGGAUUCAAUGGUAUCCCUUGUUGCAGAAUCAUCCAGAAGAUACUAUUGAUAAUAGCCAAAGUGACUCAAGGCAGGAUGAGUAUUAUUAUAUCACAUGACACUUGUGAUGGCCACUCCAGUGCUCAACUAGCUGUGUGGAAAAUGGCGGUCAGAAGCGGGCCCUUAAGGUGCCACCCUCUCCUCCUUCUCCCAUCGGCUUCCAGUCCCGCCUGAAAAUAACCACAGAAGUUUGAGCUCCUGGUAGCCAUUGUGAGGUCUUGGUAACUCUCCAUUUUCGACUUUGGAACAGGAAGGUUUAGAUACUUCUCUUGUGUUUAUUCCAGGAAGGGUCAGGCCAGCUCGCUUCUUGGAACUCUGUCUUGAAUGGUGGUUGCUGAGAGGGACAUGGCAAUGUUGUUCUUCACAAGGGGGAGAAGGGCCUGGAGUCUGAAAGGCGGAGGUGCCUCAGCCUGAGGAGGACUUGGAGGCUCCACCCUUUAAGACUUCCUGAUUCUCAACAAGGGGAACAAGUAGGAUAGAGGCAGGCAGGCAGCAAUCCUGGGGUGCAGAGAGCACAAGGACAAAUCACUCCAGGUGUUUCCUUGCCUCUGUCCCCUGUCCCCUUUGCUUCCACCGUCUCCUUCCUCCAUCCUGGUUUAUUGCCCUUGACCCUCAAAUUCUUCUUAUACAAGGGGAAAAACAUGUCGCUAGCAGAGCUGAAAAUAAUUUAGUGUAGUCGGUGUUUGCUUUUCAAGCAGGAGGACCUGAGUUCAAACCUCAGAACCCACAUUAGAAAGCCAAAGAUGGCGGCUUGUGCUUCUAAUCCUAGUUUCUGGGAAGACAAAGGAGAAAGAUGCCUGGGGCCUGCUGCUUAGCCAACCUCGCUUAAUUGACUAACCCCGGGUCCUCAAAAUAGCUCAGAGAAUAAAGGUGCUUGCCACCAGGACCGGGGGCCUCUGUCCAAUCCCUGGGACUCACAAAGUCAAAAGAGAAAAGCAAAAGCAGUCUCCUCAAGAUGUCCUCUACACACACACACACACACACACACACACACACACACACACACACACACACACGAAUAAAUAAAUAACUGUAAUUUAAGAUAUAUAGCUACUAAAAAAAUACAAUUUAAAAAGAAUGACCGGCUCCUGGAGAAUGACACCGGAGAUUGAAAACUGGCCUCCACAUGCACACAUAUACAAAUACAUCUGCACACACAUGGGAACACAAAAGAGAGAGAGAGAAGGAAGGCAGGAAGGCAGGAAGGCAGGCAGGCAGGCAGGCAGGCAGGCAGGCAGGAAGGAAGGAAGGAAGGAAGGAAGGAAGGAAGGAGGGAGAGAGGGAGGGAAGGAAGGAAGGAAGGAAGGAAGGAAGGAAGGAAAAAAUAAAUUCCAUAAACCCUGGAUUUCACUCAACCCCUAGGAAGAAGGAGGCCCAGUCAAGCCGAGGAUGAGGUGCAGCCUCAGACAGCAUCAUGGUGACUUUUUCUUAGCGGCCUCUGGAGAGAGGAGUGUCUGACAGCACCUUCUUUGUAUUUUUCUACCAUCCUGGGCUGCAGGGGACUCUUCCCAUCUGACCCCAGGCCUUCAUCCCCUGCCCUGAUUCUUUUAGACUGGGGGGGCGAGCAUACAGGCCAAUCCCUCCGUGGACCAAGCCAACCAAGAUUCUACAGAUCCCCAUCUUAUCAGUGGGGAAGCAGGGCCCACCUAGUGUGAAACUUAGCAUAAGUUCUCAUAAGGGGAGGUCAGUAAGCUCAAAAGGAAUCAGGAAAGCGAUGAGGAGGGAGGAAGACGGAGGGAGGAAGUCACCUUUCUUGACUUGGACCUCAAUGGCUGGGGACAGAAGCAUAUUGGUGUUCAGCCAUCCAAUCCAGAUCCUUUCUACUCCUAAUACUCUACCCCACCUCCAAGUCAAGACGGACCUGCGUGGGACUGGCUCUGUUGCCAGCGUUUGCCUAGCGUGCAUGAAGCAUUGGUUAUAAGCCAAACAAUUCAUCCAUCCGGCCUGAUGGUUCAUGUCUGUAACCCUGGUGCUCGUGGGGGUGAGACAGGAAGAAUAGAAGUCCAAAAUCUGGCAAGAUGUGCCCAUUGAUGCAAUGGUGGUAUGACUGUUAUGGGGGUAAGCAACCACCCUUUUAGUUAAAAAAAAAAAAUUAAACAUUCAAGGUCAACUUUGGCUAUAUAUUGAGUCCUAAUAUGGAACCCUGUGACAAGUGUCAAGGAGGGAGCUGGGACUGUAGAUCGCUGGUAGGACAACUUGCCUAGCAUCCAUGAGGCCCUGAGUUCAGUCUGUAGUACUGACGGGAAAAGGUGAGAGGGGGUUCCUGCUUGUCUAUAGCAAAGGACAUCGUGGAGUUCAUCUUCCUCCUUGACCCUGUUCCUUGCCUCGAGUCAGGUCUCUAGCUCUGAUUCCAAUCUGGUCCCAAUCCCAGUAAGCAGUCCUUCACCACUGGCCUGGCUGCCUCCCCUGACCAGAGUAGCCUUAAAACAGGGGACCAUGGUGACUCUGGGUUCUGAGUUGCCAUGCCUUUGUUCCUAAGGCUCCCUUACCUGGUAUCUCUGUUUAGUUGACAAGCUGACCACCCUGGACACAGGAUGCAUUUGAAGAUCCUAGAGACACCAUUUUCAUUUGCCUCCUAGAAGGAAAUUCAAUGAGAGAACCCUGGUACAGACCAGGGACUGUGAGAUGUUAUUUGCCUGUUGGGGUUGGGGAGGAAGCUGAAGGUUCUUCUGGAGAUACCUUUUGAGAAUGAAAGUAUCUUUACAACAACCAGCCUCCAAGCUGGGUGUGGUGUAAUCUGGGCACAUAAUGCAGAGGUAGAAGUUUUCAGGAGUCCAAGGUCAUCUUUGGUUGCACAGAGAAUUUGGAGCCGGCCUGGGCUAUGGGAGACCCUGUCUGAAUAUUUUUAAAUGGGGUCAGGGAUGUAGCUUAGUCACUAGACUGCUUGCCUAGCAUGCAUGCAUGAAGCCCUGGGUUUGAUCCACAGCACCGCAUAAAAAUGCCUGCAAUCCCAGCACUCGGAUAGUGGAGGCAGAAGAAUCAGAAGUUCAACUAGAUCAAGAGUUCGGAGUUCCAGGCCAGCCUCAGCUACAAGAGACCUUGUCUAAAAUAAAACAAAAAUCAGCCUCUUGUUCACCUAGCCUAAGCUGACCAGGAAGUGACGAUUGCUUAGUGAGUGGGUCAGGUUGACUAGCAGAGCAUACCCACUCUGGCUACCUACGCCUGCCACUGCUUUGGGAGGAAGACCAGCUCUCCUGGGAGAAGUCUUCAUGGCUCCUUAACUCCCACAGCAUAUUCAUUUCCAGCAAUGGCUAGUGUUCAUUGUUGGCCUCAGUCAACUACAACCAAUCCCAAGUCAGCCUUCCAUCAGUGAGCCCCACUUCCUGGCUGUAGCUCUAUGUGGGGCUCUAUGGAGCCCUGAAGAGAGGUCUGGGACCCUAGGCCCCUCUAUGAGGAACAUCAAAGGCCAGGCCAAGGAAAUCAUGCUUCCUUAUCAGUGAUAGCAAGAUACCCUGAACAGACUCCGCUCAGACCCCCUGAUUGGCCCUUAAUGAAGCCAAGUCUUCCUUCCUCAGCAUCAAGGAUGUAGUGUCCUGUUUUAUGCUAAAAUUUGGGGUUAUGCCCAACAGUGGUGGCACACACCUAUAAUCCCAGCAUUCAAGAGACUAGACUGAGUGAGGCAAGAGGAUUUCAGGUUCAAGGCUAUAUAGUAAGACCGAGUCUAAAACCAAAACAAGCUGGGCACAGUGAUGUGCUUUUGUAAGCGCAGCCUUUAAGAGGUGAUUUCUGUAGGCUCCUGAGUCCAAGGUCAUCUUGGUUAUGUAUUGAAUUCUAGAUUCCAGGCCAGCCUGUAGUUCGUGAGAUCCUAUCUAAAAAAAAAAAAAAAAAAGAAAGAAAGAAAGAAAGAAAAGAAAAGAAAAAGGGAAAGAGCUGGGUGGCGGCGGCGCACGUCUCAGCAGUCAGGAAGCAGAGGCAGGUGGAUCUCUUGAGUUUGAGGGCAGCCUGGUCUACAGAUUAAAUUCCUGGACAGCCAAGGCUACACAGAGAAACCCUGUAUCAGGAAGAAAGAAAGAAAGAAAGAAAGAAAGAAAGAAAGAAAGAAAGAAAGAAAGAAAGAAAGAAAGAAAGAGGAAAAAGAAAAGAAAGAAAGAGGAAAAAGAAAAGAAAGAAAGAGAAAAAAGAAAAGAAAGAAAGAGAAAAAAGAAAAGAAAGAAUAAAAGGAGGGUGCUGGCAUGAUUGUGCAUGCCUUUAAUCCCAGCCCUGGGAAGCAGAAACAAAAGGACCUCAAACCCAGCCAUAGCUACCUAGCAAAACUCUGCCUCAAACAAGCAAACCUGAGCUUACAGACGGCAGAUCUGGCUGGGUGACGAGUGUGCAAGCAUCAGGGACAGUACCUGUAACCCGAAUAGUGGUGAGAAUAGUGAGAAGCAUCUGCUCUUGCACGGUUGGGGCCCAAAGUCAGGAGGGUCCUUCUGCGAAGGGGGAGUGGGGAGGCCGGGAGGACCCAGCCAGAGAAUCCUGAACCAUUUACCCUGGAAGAGACAUUGGGAAGCAAAAGCCAAACCCUCUUGGCGUGGUCGUCGGGGAAACAGAAGCCUAGAGUGGAGCUAUUCACUUGGCCAGAGCUCCAUGGCGCUGAGGUAGUAGCAGUCUCCAUUUCUAGUUCCCAGCCAGGACGUCGGAUGGCGUCAGGUUCCCUUUCUGGUCCUAACUCACUCUUGGAAAAGAAAUAAAUUAACAGCCCUAUUCAGAUGUCAGCCAAGGGCACAGGCUGACGCCCAAGAAGCUGGACAUUUGCUGGUCCGCUAGAGGUGAAUCGGCCUCCUCUCGGGCCUAGAGGGGGUGGUUGCGUUUUUCUCUCUCUCUCUCUAUCUCUCUUGCAUUUUUGUGACUCUAAUGAUGAACUUAUGCUACCACACUUUUCCCUUUUCUUACACAACUUACCUACUAAAGGAGGAAGUGCCACUUUAUUGAAGCCCAGCUCGCCCCGGGCCUGCGACAAGGCAGCCGCCGCGCCCACGCCGCCCGCGCGUGGGAAGGACAGCCAGAGUCCCCGCUCCGCGCCGUCGUCUCAGGGCCGCGGGGGCCGCGCGGCGGGAGGGACGGCCAGGCGUCGGCGCCGGCGGAGGAGGAGGAGGCGAUCGCGGUCCUCGGCCAACGCGCCCCGCCGCAGGGGGCGCCGGCGUGCAAAGCCCGCGCCGCCUCGGGGCUCGUCGCGCUCGCUCAGUGGGGCACACUCCAGCAGCGACUCCGGUGGCGGCGCCCCGGGACCCGGGCCCGAGCCGGGCUCCGAGCGAGGUCACGGCGGACACGGAAAACGGGCAAAGGAGCGACCCCCGCGAGCACGGCCCGCAAGCACCUCGCCAUCACCAGGCGCGCAUGGCCGACGGGGCGGCCCAGAGGGGAACAGUUCGUCGCGCAGCCCGGGCCCCCAUCCCGGGUCGUGGAGCUCCAGCCGCUCGCCCUCCAAAUCCCGCUCGCGCUCCCCAGACAAAAGGACCCGCAGCCCCAGCCUCUCACCGUCUCCCAAGAAACCUCUUGGCCGGGACAAAGACAGCGAAGGCCGUGCCAGGCAUGCCGAGGCUGAGGCCGCCCGCACCCGGCGUCGCUCCCGCAGCUACUCGCCGAUCCGAAAGCGGCGUCGGGACUCGCCCAGUUUCAUGGAGCCGAGACGCAUCACCAGGAAGCUCCUGCUGCGUGGCCUGUGGCCAGCCUGGGGGCCGUGUGGACCGGGCUCCACAGGCAGCCCAAGUGAUACUCAUUGCCCGAAAGCGUCCCAUCCCCUACUACCGGCCCAGCCCCUCCUCUUCCUCCAGCUGCUUGAGCAGCGACUACUCCAGCCGGAGCCGCAGCAGGAGCCCAAGCCCUGGGCACAGCCAUGGAAGCUACAGCAGCCGCAGUCACGGGACUCGCAGCCGUUCCUGCAGCGCCUCCAGGAGCCGCAGUCCCAGCUACCACAGCCGGAGCAGCUCUGAGAGUGGGGGCUUCUAAGCCCAGACGGACCCAUCUAGGGCUGGAAGGCCCUGGAACAAAGAGAGGCUGGGGCCCUGAGACCUGGGAAAGAGGGGUCUGUACCCCCAUACUGCUACGGAGGUCCCGGGGUGGGGGUGGGGCAGCAAGUGGGCAAGUGGGACUAGAGAAGAGCUUCUUCUAGAGUGGGUGACCCACCCACGAGGAGGAAUCACAUUGUCCUGUCCCUAAAGUGUGCCCAUCCCCACUCCCUGCCCACCCACAUGCCCAGGGACAAAGAGCCUUUGCGAACACAGGGAUCAGAUCACCAUACCCCUCUUCUGCUUGAGGCCAGCUUACCAGCCUGGGGCCCAUUGCCUGAGUAUGGCACAAGAGUCCACUGUUGGCUGUCACCUCACCUGAGCUCAGUGGACCCCUGCACAGCUUGGAAGGUGCCAAGCCUGGGACCUUCCCCUCCUCUUCCUCUAUCUCCCACGGGGUGGAUCGGAACAGAGCAAAGCAGCCAGAUCUAAGAGAGAAGGAAGGACCGCCUAGGUCCUGGUGUGUUGCCAGGCAGAAUGAGAAGCUCACACUUGGCCCGGUCUCUCUCCCUUGCCUUCAUAUCAAGGCCACACUCUCUGGGCCUUCAUUAGCACAAGAGGUGGCGUAAAUCUGUAUCUAACCCUGAAGUCAAAGGUAGGAGAGUUCAGGGGCUGAGGACGUAGCUCAGUUGAUAGAGUGCUUGCCUAGCAUGCAUGAAGUCCUGGGUUCCAUCCCAAACAAAGCAUAAAACCGAGCAUGCUAGUGCAUGCCUGUAAUUCCAGCACUCUGGAGGUAGAGGCAGGAGGACCGGAAGUUCAAGGUCAUCUUAGGCCACGUAGUGAGUUCGAAUCCAACCUGGGGUACAGGAGAACCUGUCUCAAAAGUGAGAGACUGGGAAUUCAGGUCAGAAGAUAAGAAAGAACACGGGUAGAAAGCAGCAGCGGAAUUUUUUUUUUUUUUUUAAGCAUGGGCCCAAACAAUGCAGUCAGAUGACCGAACAGGUCAAGGGCUACUGGGAGACAGGUCCAGGCUGCUGUCUGGGUUAUGGGCCAAACGAUAGCUCACGGUCACAAGCUAACUAACACGCGGUGCACUUCGGAGCCUGCCCAAGGGAUGCCUCCUUCCCAGGCUUUGACGGGGCAGGUUUGGUGGAGGCUUUCAGAACUGGGGUGGUAGAUUCCAGCCACAGCCCUCAGCCUGGAACAUGAUGUGAAUGAGGUGGUCCCCCCUCCAGCCCUCUUCUGCGGCACCCAGCCCCGCCCACCCCCCUGCUGGGGCCCUCAGGGAUCUCGAAGUCUUCCUUGGCCCAACAGGACAGAUGCCCUGGGCUCUGGUGGGGGGAGGAGUCUGGGGUCUGAUCCGGGGUCCCACCUUCUCUCAGUUUCCCCUUCCCUCUUUCUCCGCAGUGCGGGAAAACAUUUGGACUGUAAUAAAUACACUAGGUGCCCGGG